GACGUCGGCGAAAUGAAAUCGACUGGUUGCACUUUUCCUCACAGAAUGGAAGAAGCCGUGGAGGUGAAACGGACUAAACUCGCCUGACUUGGUCGGAUAAUUAACUUGUUUUACUUUUUUUUCCUGAGUAUUGGAGAACCGUUGCAACGAAACCAGCCUCUGUGCAGAUGCAGUAACCUGCCCUGCCUCCUUUAAGGUCUGCUCAUCUCAAAGUGCCCCCGCAUGGACGAUGAGGAGGAUGAUGUGUUUGAGCCAGACCCCCACUGCUGGCGCACCACAUUCCAGGAGAUAAAGUGUGAAGACCGGGGCACGCAGACACCUGGCCCGGCCCUGGCACCCGACAACGGCAUGCUGCCCUGGGGAGUCGCAGAGGAGCCAAGACCACUCUUCUACGGCAACGCAGGCUUUCGAUUGCACUUCCCGGCAAACUUUGAGCUUGUUGGGGAUCAGGAUCAGGAAGGGAGGCGACGAGAAAGUGAACAGCAGCACAGCAGGAUGGAGCUACCGCAGCAGCAACCUGCAUCCCGCAGCUUGGAGGCCUGCAUUGGGCAGAAACUUCAGCAGAUAGGAGACCAGUUUCACAGGGAACAUCUACAACUGUAUCAUCGAAACCAAAGGAACCAGUGGCCUCUGUGGUGGCGUCUGGGUGCAGCUCUGCUCAGCCUUCUCUUUGACAGGGGCUUCAUCGCUGGAGGAGGUGGAGCGGGACAGAGGUGAGGGGUCUCCUCCUCAAAUCCCUUGUUCUUCAUAUCGCUGAAGAACUGGACUCCACUAAUGGCACUGUCAAAUAUAACACGGGUCUGAUUUUGUCAGAGGAGGGGUUGAAAGGAAGCAGACUUAAAGUCGCCGCUGGACGGAGACAACCAACUUUUCUACAAGGUUGUGCGUUUUUUUCUUUUUUCCAAGAAGAUGCCAUGAUUCUCCGAGAUCCCUCUAAAGGACAAUGUUCAUAUUUUGGUAUAUGUGUGGUGAAGUAGUUUUGUACAGUACAUUGGUAAGUUUUUUGCACUUCAACACGUAUCCAUCUUUACUGACCUCCACAGACCCUGGGAAUGCCUUAUUCAGUGUCUUCUGCCAGAAAGAGUAUUGAGAAAUUUUGACAGGCUAGAUGAGAUAUGAGGAGAUGAAAGGAAAUGUGGUGUGAGGUUUUUCUUUUCUGAAGUUUCCCAGCUGAGCAGACUAGUCGAUUCCCAAAGAGGCAACUUCACAGAACAAAGCAAUUUGCACCACACCUCAAUGAAAAAUUCCUUAUCUUCUUUGUUUUGAUGUUGUUUUCUUACAACUCCAUGUUCCUGGUGUGAUAUUACGUUUGAACAAUCCCUCAGUAUUCUCUCUACAUCGAAAAGGAAGCAAAUCUUGACUUUCAAUUUAAAUAUCUUUUUGGACAUGCUAAAAUACUUUAAAUCCACUUUUCUUCAGCCCUUUCUCAAACAUACAAGCAUCUGAUAGCUCAGUAAGUUUGCAGAGCUGAUCAAACAAGCUGACUACAGGAUAAAAUGAAAGCACAGCAUUGAAUUAGAUUGCAUUCAAACACUAGUUGAUGCAGUUAUUAAAAGUAAUGAGGAAUUAGGAAAUUGUAGUAAAACAUAUAGCUGUUUAGAGCUAAUAUUUAAUGAAGCAUAAAGUUUUAUUCUUGAUUCAGUACCAGAUGUUUGACAGCUGUCUGGGAUGUAACACACUAAAGAAAAGGGGUGAAAGAUGCAUAAAAAGAUAUUUAAGUUCAAGUUUUGUGUUGCUAACUUUUGCACUUAGCAUUACAACUUUGCUAAAUGUGGAUAAAUAUCCUCAACUCAACAAAAGUAUUUAAGUGUACCAUAACAAUACACUGAAAAUGUGCCCAAAUUAAUCCUCCAGCUCCUCCUCUCCCCUGUGUUUUUCGACGUGUUCGUUUUCAUGUGAUUGUUUUCAGACCUCCAUGCCCUUAAAGUGGAACUGUGGAUCCACUGUUUUUGCACUAGACCUCCACCCUUCAAGAGUUCAGAUUGUUAACAAGUAAACCUCUGUAUUAGUUGAAGGUUUUAUCAGUUAUUUGUUGUUUUCUUGCCAUUACAUUUCAGACGGAUUCACUGUCAUCUCCAAGACAAACAGUCAGUGAAGAGACCUGACAGAUGCAGUUUUGUAUGGAAGCCCUAAGAGGACAUGCAUCCAUAGAUUUAGGUUAACUCAGAUUUCUGUGACAACAGGUACAUUUCUUGAGAUCUUGACAGUAUAUGUUGUUUAGUCACGAUAACUCCGUUUUGCCAUUUUACAUGACGAUGAUGAUAAAGGUGGCAUUUUUAAAACUUUCCAUUUUCAGGCACCCAAAACGCCCAUAAAGUUGCUCAUUUUAAUGUAGCCUAAGUCACAUCCUGAGAAAUUAACUAGAUAUAACUCAUUAGGGACAACAGAGUUAAAAUGAUGAUAAUAUGCACAGUAUUAUUGGCAGUAUAUCGGUAUUAGCAGAUAGUGGCUUAAAAAGUUCAAUUUCCUCCAAAAUUUACAGCCAAUAUAUUGAUUUAUAUUUUGGCAGUAUAUAUUAUAUCUUUGCCUUAAACAUCGGCAAAAAUAUACCACUGUAUCAUUAGGUGUUGUUGGUUGCUUAGGUGCUUGGGCACCACACAACAGAAAUCCACCUGCGCCUGAAAUGUAUUGAUGCAUGUCUGCUAUGGGCUUCCAUAGUUUGGAGUCAUGAUUGAAUAAUUGGUUUUGAAAACUUCUAUAUACCACUGUUUCAGGAUACAACAGAGAUACAACAAACACUCGACAAACUGCAUAAUCAAUCUGUGAAAGAGGUUUCCUCAGGCUACUUAUAAGGAGUUGUUAAAUCAUUUUUGUUCUGCUGGGUUAUCCUUUAUCACCUUUGGUGCUUAGCUCCACAUUUGGGAUAUUUUUAAUGGAUAUGAUCACCACUGACUCAGCAGAUAAACGCAGAGACAGAAUUGAAAGAGACUGUAACUAUUGUUGAAAUAUGAAUAUGUGUAAAGACACUGUUGAAGAUGCUGUUUGUUAUACUGAACCCAGGCCAACCUUCUCACCCACAGAGUAGAACAUAUCAGGGGUCUGUAAUUACAUGUGUCAAGUUUCUCACUGCAUAAUUAGGGUUUCCUCUCAUUGUCUUCAAGAUGUCUCAGGGACAGACUUUGUGGGCUACUGCUAACCUUGAGAAUCUGUUACAUGUUUGGAAGAAGAGCAGUGUUUCACCCAUUUAUUUAUACCCAAACCUCAGGAGGUAUUUGUCGAGUCUUUUUCACUUUAAAAUUCCACUUUUUUUUUUUCAGCACACACGUAGAGGUACCGUUUGACUGAGGAGGAGUGUGAGGUCGCCGUGCUGUCUGUGGUGUUGACGGGGGACUACUGAGUGUGUAGAAGUAGGCAUGUGAGGUGCACUGAAUGUGGUUGUGGUUAAGAGUUUCCUGCGGAUCGUGAACGCUGAGCCAGUCCCUGUAGCUUCCCUGUCUCACCAUCGGCUCAUGGCUUCCUCUUUGUGCUGCUCCUUAAACACGUGGGUUUUGAUAUUGUUCAUCGGUUCACCCUUUUUUCUUUGUAAUUUAUUUUUUACCUUCUUAUUUAUUUUUUUUGUACAUUUCUUGCCCAUUUCUACUGUAUACGUGUGUGCAAUUACUUCUUGAGUUCCAUUUUAUUUGCUCUUGGACUUUUAUGUUCUUCAGUUGUUUGACUUGUGCAGCAGGUUGGACUGCAUUGUACCUGAAUUUAUUUCAUUAUACUCAACUCAUGAUUCUGUCAGAGAAACACUCAUCAGGUGUAGAAAAAUGUUGACUUGCCUUUUUUUUAAUCAAGAACAGAUGAUUUUUUUUUAACUGUGUUUUAAAUGGAUUUCAAUAGUUGCAUGCUUGCACAAUGCAGUUACACUUCCAUAUGGUCAUAGUUUCUCUCUGCAAACUUGCAGCUGUUGAAGGACAUGAUACACUGCAAUAACUCACUAAGUGUAAUUCUCUAAUUUCAAUUCAAAACACUCAUUACAUUAUUAGUCACAUUUGCCUUCUCAUUUCAAGAGAUAUGAAGCAUAAAAUAAGACUUGAGUUGCUCAUAAUAAGUUAGGGCAGUAUGCAUGGUGUUUUACAUACUGUUAAAUUUGGAUCUCUUGGUUGUCGGCACUAGAAUUACAAGUCAGUUACACUAAUUCAAAAUGUAUUUUUAAAAUCAUUUUGGGCCCAUAAUCCCAGUCAAACAGGUAAUCUGAACUGCAAAGCAGCUGCCCACUUUUAGUAGCUGUUCUUAUUGACUACUGCCUUGUUGCCUAAGCACUCUAUAACCAGAUGUAAACAUCUGUGAACUGAUAGCAUCGAUAGCAUCUCAUAGGAAUAAUGCUGUUUAGCUUUAUAUAGAUCUAGAAAUCAGGGAUACAGUUGUAUAGAGGCUGUUUCAAGUUAUACUUGCAUUGGACAGCACCGAGUGGUGAUAUUCAACUCAGGAACCCUUAAAAGACCACUGAAGGCUGGCAGGGCUAGCACUGCUUAUGUUAGCCACAUUCUGCAGACCAGCUUUGCAACAUUACUGUUUGAAGUUGGUUUACAGAAUGUGCUGACUUUAGACUAGUUGGAUAAGCACAUUUAAAUUUGCUGUAAUCAGAUGUGAAAUUAUUAAUCUAUGUGUCCUAGUUUUGAAAUGAUAUGUCUAUAUAUUAGUACAUAUUAUCUUCUAGUCUCACAGCAAAAUUAUCUGGAUGCACUGGCUGAUAUUUUUACUUCUUAUGAGCAAUUCAGGUUUUUGGUUGUCACAUCUUAAAAUAAGCUUAUAAAUUUAGCUUAUGAUAAGUGUAAUGAUAGAUUUUUGACUUGAAAUUGGGCAGAGUCACUCAUUCCAACAUAAGUCUUCAGUAAACACUGCUUAAACUUCAAGUUUCAACUUUUCAGCCAACUGUUUAUUUCUUUAAAAGUGGAUUUUGAGAACCUACAAGGUUGUUAUUAAUUUUUUUUUCAUCAGCCAUCAUGGGUACAUCCACUGGACAUGCUUUACAAAAGCAGCAGUUUGGAUGAACCUUUAAACAGGAUAUGAACUUGCCUUUCAUUCAAGUCAUCCCACCUGUUGCUUUUAUGUACAUCACAGAUGCCUUCAUUUUCUCCUCACGCCACAGUUUGUGUUCCUUUUUUAAUCUUGAUCGUUGUGUUGUAAUCAAUAUGCACUGGAAAGUACUUUGUUUCUGUCGAUCCCAUGGGUCCCUUAUCUGUUGUGUUUCCAUGUACAGUAUAUACUCUGGAUAGUUCUUCAGUGUCAGACGUAUAUCUGUGCGUCAACCAAGCGGGCUCACACUGACGGCAUGUUUGAUUUAUUGAAAGGGAAAUGAGCCGCCGCCGUGCCCUGCGUCGUUUUAUUAGAAUGAGGUUCCCAAGGAUCCCUCGGGUGGGAUAUGUAUUUUAUGGAAACCGUCAGUGUCUUGAAUUUUUGUAGUCCACUUUAUAUAAAUUUGAAGUUUUUUGAAGAAGGUUUUUUUGAUUUUACAUUUUUUUAACAAUGACAUGUCUUUGUCAUGGUUUUUCUGAACUUUUUCAAAUGUAUUUUCUUAAGACAAAGGGGUCUGCUUUUAUAAGGACAGUUCAUGCCUGUAAAAUAAUUUUGAGUAUGAGUAGGAUCCUUUUUUGAAGUCCAUGAGAUUGGGGCAUUUUUAAAAAGAAAAUGAACUUACAACAUUCCUUGCACAUCUCAUCAUGGUGUAUAAACCAAGCAGACCAAACUCAAUCAUGGUUCUGGUUCAUUCAUUGAAAUGAAAUAUUUGCCCUUUUUACACAGAACAGAUAAAAUGUACAUGUGUUUGUAAAACCCUGGAAUAUGCCUUUAACUGCUCAGUUUCAGCAAAGUCUUGAUUAUCACACACUCUCUGUAUACCAAGAAAUGAGACCCAGCGAAAAUGUAGCAUUUUUGUAAACAUUGACUGUGUGUUUUCGAGACUCUACUGUGCACUCAUGUUUUUGUGUUUAUAUAUAUUUUUCUGGUUGUUGAUAUAAUAUGGAAGUAAAGACAAUUUGUUAUGUAGUGCAAUAUGCUGUACAUACAGAGCUUUGCUCUACAAAUCUUUUCUGGAUUUUCUUGUUGUUUAUUGGUACUUUUUUCAAUAAAAGUUUUA